CUUCUGGAGCUUCCUGAAUCCUGACUCCUAGAUCCUGAGGCCAAAACAAACCAUACAAAAGGUCUCAGCUGAAUCGGAAACAAAAAGAGUUUUGAAACUGCAUUUGCUCCAGUCGAAGCCCCUCAAUCACUAAGUCUUGAAUUGGAGCUUGCUCGUAACUUGCUACUCGUACUUCCAUUGUAUUAGGCCAAAAGCACCCAGCGAGAUAUCUACGAUGGCUCCGGUUAUGAAAUAUGGAGUGGAUGUCGGCCGAAAGCUGAUUCGACUGACGACUGCAGGAAAGGACUUGAACAGGAUGCUGAAAGAGGUGCGAUUGACUGAGUUCUCGCCAAAUCGCUGUGUGUGCGAGAUGACGGUGGGCGAGGAGCAGUCGAAUCCACACGGCACUCUGCACGGUGCCUUCGCUACGCUACUGAUGGACGGUGUCACGACCAUGGCGAUCAUUGCUAGCGGACGUCCCGUUCCAGGACUGUCUGUGGAAAUGAAUAUGAGUUACGUGCAGGGAGCCAAGACAGGGGAGGAAAUCCGUAUAAUUGGUGAUUGUGUCAAGGCUGGAAAGUCAUUAGCGUACGCUAACUGUGAGAUUCGGCGAAUUAGUGAUGAUAAACUUGUCGCGACUGGUCGCCACAUCAAGCACGUAGAAGUGGCCAAUGCGCCGUUCGCCGCUCCCUGGCUGUUCACGGACUCUACCGACAAGGAAUCGUCAGUGUAGCAAAGCCAAGUUAAGCAUAGGGGAAUGCAUCCUUCUUGUGUAACAGUGGCAGUUGUCAUGUAUGCUGCAAGCAUCCUCAAUGCAUCAUGGCUUCGUCAUCGUUGAAAAAUUGUGCUCUAGUCUCACCAGCCAUUCAUGCAUAUUUUGAUAUCAAUUCCUAUGUCCCACAGCACAGAUUCAUAUACUUUUCACCGCCUUUUCAUUACCAUUGCCUUUCUGCAUUGUAUUUAUAUAUUUUUUCCCACUAGUGCCACCAGCACUCCAGAUUUCUUUCUGCCAACCACUGAGUGUGUUCAACUCAUGCUAAGAUCCGCUGCGCUAUAUGCUGCGUGCUUAGUUAAUUUAUUGUGUUUCUUCUGGAGGUGGUUUGGAGGGCAUAUUCUUAGGGCUUGUGAAUACAAUGAAUUUCGUCUUGCUAUCAUUCCGUAACCUGCCCAUGA